AAGCAGAUCAGUUAAAACAAUCUAGUAGUAGUAAAAUUUCCACACCGUCGACCUGUUUAACGAUUAGUUCUUUACUUCGAGUGCAACCGUCCACAUCAAACAGACACUAGUAAAAUGCUUUCAUUAAAUAGCGAUAAUCAGAAUAAAACUGGAGGAAAGUAUUGUUUCGCAAUAGAUCGUGGUGGUACUUUUACCGAUGUCAUGUGUAUGUGUCCCGAUGGAAGAGUGCGUACUUUAAAGCUAUUAUCGGAAGAUCCUGCGCGUUACAGUGAUGCUCCGCGAGAAGGCAUACGUAGGAUUUUAAAAGAGGAAACUGGAAUAGAUGUGAAUUCUUCGGGUUUAGUUGAUACUUCGCAGAUUGGUUGGAUUCGUAUGGGCACUACUGUGGCGACCAAUGCCUUAUUAGAACGAAAGGGCGAUCCCGUUGCGUUGGUUGUCAACAGCGGUUUCCGUGAUUUAUUAUACAUUGGAAAUCAAGCUAGACCAAAGAUCUUUGAAUUGAACAUUAAAAAACCUUCUAACUUGUAUAAAACAGUGGUUGAAGUUGACUGUCGCAUAAUACCGGAACAGCCAAAGGAAAGGUGUCAUUUGAAAGAGAAAAAUCAAUGGAAAGUUUUGGAGGGAGCUGGUGGUUCAAGGUACUUAGAAAUGACACCAGUAGAUGAGAUAGCUGUCCGUAAUGCUUUAAUGAAAGUAAAAGAACAAGGAAUUUCUUCAGUGGCUGUUGUUUUGGCUCAUAACUAUUCGUGUCCCGAACAUGAAUUGAAGGUUGGACAUAUUGCUAAGGAUUUGGGAUUUCAGUAUGUAACGCUGUCGCAUGAGGCUAUGCCAAUGUACAGACUAGUGCCGAGGGGUUAUACUGCAUGUGCUGAGGCAUAUCUUACACCACAUGUUGAUCGUUAUUUAAAUAGUUUUAAGUCCGGUUUCGAUAAGCAGCUGUCUGGUGUAGAAGUUCUGUUCAUGCAAUCAGACGGAGGUUUGACGCAAAUAAAUAAAUUCCGAGCAUCAAGAGCUAUACUUUCAGGGCCAGCAGGAGGUGUUGUUGGUUACGCUAUGACUGGAUCUAGGGAAACAGAUAUGCCUCUGAUUGGAUUCGAUAUGGGUGGAACUUCUACGGAUGUCUCGCGAUUUGCUGGCACGUAUGAACAUGUUGUGGAAAGUACAACCGCAGGAAUUACAAUACAGGCGCCACAGUUGGAUAUAAAUACUGUGGCUGCUGGAGGAGGUUCUAGGUUAUUUUUCAGAUCUGGUUUGUUUGUGGUAGGUCCGGAAAGUGCUGGUGCACAUCCUGGACCAGCGUGUUACAAAAAGGGAGGACCUUUGACUGUUACCGAUGCCAAUUUGAUUUUGGGCCGUUUGUUGCCGCAAUAUUUUCCAAAAAUAUUUGGCCCCAAUGAAAAUGAACCAUUAGACUAUGAAGCAACCAAAAGUAAGUUCGAAGACCUCUUAAAGGAAAUCAACACCAGUUUAAAGGAGCAAGGAGAUGGAAAGGAAAUGACCUUAGAAGAAGUGGCUUUAGGGUUUAUACGGGUAGCUAAUGAGGCUAUGUGUCGACCCAUACGAGCUUUAACCCAAGCUCGUGGUUUAGAUACUUCUAAACAUGUGCUAGCCUGCUUUGGUGGAGCUGGUGGCCAACACGCUUGUGCCAUUGCUAGAGAACUAGGCAUCACUAAGGUUCUCGUACAUAAAUACGCAGGUAUUUUAUCAGCAUACGGAAUGGCUUUGGCUGAUGUUGUACAGGAAAUUCAAGAACCUUGUGGCUUAGAAUUUUCAUUAGCAAACGAGGAUAAACUCAAAGAAAGUGCUACUAAGUUGGCCCAGAGAUGCCAUGAAAUUUUGGAAUAUCAGGGAUUUAAAAAUAUUAAUUUGGAACACUUCUUACAUCUUCGUUAUGAAGGCACUGACUGUGCAUUAAUGUGUUCACCCUCAAAAGAACAUUCCUCUAACUGGUUAGAAGCUUUUAAAGAAUCAUUCUUAAAUCGUUAUCGCACCGAAUUCGGAUUUGUGUUGCAAAAUCGUCGUAUCAUAGUAGAUGAUGUACGUGUGAGAGGUUUAGGAAAAAAUUCAACUCCUCCCGAAUUGGAAGUAGAGGUGGCAGCCAAUGAAAAACCAACAGAUAUUGGCACUACGAUGGUGUGCUUUGAACAAGGAAUGCUUAACGCUCCCAUCUUUAUGACGAAAAAUCUUCGGCAUAAACAUAAAAUACAAGGGCCAGCAAUUAUAAUUGACCAAUUGUCCACAAUUUUAGUGGAGCCAAAUUGUGAAGCUGAAGUUACAAAAUGUGGUGAUUUAGUAAUUCAUGUCGAGUCUCUUAAUAACUCCACAGUGGAUGACUCGCUUAAUGCAAUUCAACUAAGUAUCUUCAGCCAUCGCUUUAUGAGUAUAGCAGAGCAGAUGGGAAGGGUUUUACAGCGAACUUCCAUUUCAACCAACAUAAAAGAAAGACUGGACUUCUCUUGUGCUUUAUUUGGACCUGAUGGAGGACUCGUUAGCAAUGCUCCACAUAUACCAGUCCAUUUAGGUGCCAUGCAGGAAACAGUACAAUACCAAUUGAAAGUAAGAGGUAAAACGUUGAAAAAUGGAGAUGUUAUUUUGUCCAAUCAUCCUCAAGCCGGUGGUUCGCAUUUGCCAGAUUUGACAGUUAUUACUCCUGUAUUUUACAAGGAUCAUGAAGGUCCAGUGUUCUUUGUAGCCUCUAGAGGACAUCAUGCGGACAUUGGUGGUAUUACGCCUGGUUCUAUGCCGCCUCAUUCUACAUCUUUAGCACAAGAAGGUGCCGCAUUUAAAUCAUUCCUAAUAGUUGAAAACGGCACUUUCCAAGAAGAAGACGUAGUCAAAAGAUUUACAACGCCAACAUCGGCUAAAGGUGCAACUGGUACCCGAAACUUAUCCGACAAUAUUUCCGAUUUAAAAGCUCAGAUUGCAGCUAACCAAAAGGGCAUACAACUGGUCUCUGAAUUAAUAGAUUCCUAUGGCCUAAAGGUGGUGCAAGCAUACAUGAGUUACAUACAAGAAAACGCUGAAGUAGCUGUCCGCGAUAUGCUCAGACAAAUUGCUAAAGACACUUUGUCACGAACCGGAUCAUCCAUUUUAGAAGCUGAAGAGUUCAUGGACAAUGGAUCACCAAUUCGAUUGAAGGUGAAUAUCGAUGCAGACAAAGGUUCGGCUGUUUGUGACUUUACUGGUUCUGGUACAGAGGUUUGGGGUAAUUGCAACGCACCGAGGGCAAUAACCUUAUCUGCUCUUAUAUAUUGCUUGCGCUGUAUGGUGGGCCAUGAUGUUCCAUUGAAUCAGGGAUGCUUGGCCCCUAUUAACGUCAUUAUUCCCAAAAAUUCAAUAUUAGAUCCAUCAGAAGGUGCAGCUGUUGUCGGAGGCAAUGUGUUGACUUCCCAGCGUAUAGUUGAUACAGUACUGAAGGCAUUCCGUGCAUGUGCUGCUUCUCAAGGUUGCAUGAAUAAUGUAACUAUUGGCGACGAAGAAUGGGGUUAUUACGAAACUGUGGCUGGAGGAUCAGGUGCUGGACCGUCUUGGACCGGAGCAGGCGGUGUUCACUCCCAUAUGACCAAUACACGCAUAACCGACCCCGAGAUACUAGAACUGCGCUAUCCAAUGAUUUUGCAACGAUUUUGUCUGCGAACCGAUCAAUCCGGAGGCACAGGUAGAUAUCAAGGUGGCGAAGGAGUCGAAAGACAUAUUUUAUUCCGCAAACCCGUCACGCUUUCUGUCCUUACUGAACGUCGAACCUUACAACCCUACGGUAUGAAUGGCGGGGAACCAGGAAAGAGAGGCCUCAAUUUGCUGCAUAAAAGCGAUGGACGUAUUAUAUCAUUGGGUGCCAAAACAUGCAUCGAUGUAGACGCAGGGGACUUGUUUGCAAUGAAAACACCCGGAGGAGGUGGAUACGGAGAAAUCGAUGGUACUGGCGAUACAAUCCAAAAAUCAACUGCUACUAAUAUAAAAUUUUUAGAACGAGGUUCUGUCUUUGAUUAUAAACAAUCACAGGAAUCUGCAUAACUUUUUAUUUCUAAUAUCACUUAUGACCGAGGAAAGACCGUCAAAACAUACAACAAGUUGUCCUUACUAUUGUAAUCUCUAGGACUGUUCAAUACCUAAAGGCUAUUAUGAAUUAUUGAAAAUUUGUUAAAAGUAAUUUAUUGAAAAAGCGUUCACGUACUCGAAAAAUUUAUCAUGAUGUAAAUAAUAGAAUGAUAAUACCUAUUUAAACAAUACAUAUAUUGCCGAUUGUUUUAACCACAACUUUGAAAUUAAAUAAAAAUACAUAAAAUACCAAUAUAAAAA